UCACUUCUCCAAUCAGUGGAGAUGGCGAUGCAUCUGCAUUUUGUUGCGGUGCUGCUGGUUAGCAUCAUAGGUUUCAUCUCUGUUUUGAGAUCAUUCAUCGGUUUCUUCAACUGGGUAUGGUUCAUGUUUCUCCGACCCCCGAAGAAUCUAAGAACUUACGGGUCAUGGGCAGUAGUCACCGGCCCUACAGACGGAAUCGGGAAAGCCCUUGCCUUUGAUCUUGCAUCCGAAGGUCUCAACUUACUCUUGGUGGGUCGAGACCCUUCAAAACUCGAAUCCACCUCCGAGGAGAUUCGUAGACGAUGCGGUGGCGAAAUUGAAAUCAAAACCGUCGUCCCCGACUUGGCCAAGUAUACCGGAGAGGAGAUAUCGAGGAAAAUAGGGGAUGCAAUAGGAGGACUUGAUAUUGGGAUUCUGAUCAACAACGCCGGUGUGGCCUACCCUUACGAGAGGUUCCUUCAUGAGGUGGAUUCGGAGCUGACGCAGAGUGUUAUACAGGUGAAUGUAGAGGCGGUUACCUGGAUUACCAGAGCAGUUCUACCGGUCAUGCUGAAGAAAAAGAAAGGGGCAAUAGUCAAUAUCGGGUCUGGCACCGCCGAUGACAUCAUUUCAUUCCCUUUAUGCGCCAUUUAUGCUGCUACCAAAGCGUACCUAGCAAUGUUUUCAAAAUCAAUUAGCUUGGAGUAUAAGAAAAACGGAAUUGACAUCCAAUGUCAGGUACCAUUCUAUGUGGCAACAAAGAUGUCAAGGCGAAGAACCAGCUCGUUGUUCGUCGCAUCACCAGAGGGGUAUAGCAGAGCAAGCAUAAAACAGAUUGGGUAUGAACCUCUGUGCAUCCCGUUCUGGUCACAUUCUGUGCAGUGGUUCGUCCUGCGUGCACUGUCAGGCAAACAGUUGGAUUACUUCAUUUUCAAGGACUUUCUUGACCAACGGAAGAAAGGACUGGCAAAUGACCGCAUCAAAGACAAGGUGAAGCAGUAGAAAGCGUUAAGGAACAUUGAUUAAGUAUUAGUCACCGGAAGAGGAUAUAUAUGGUUUGAGUAUUGGCGUUAUAUAUAUAUCUUAUCUAUGGAGACAUCAAUAAAUGUUACGUGAAUGUACUUGAAUCUUCUUGGAAACCUUCUUAGGCUGCACUUACGCCCUGUUCCCUCUGUUGUUUCCUCAUUCGAAUAAGUUGUUUUAAUGAAGAACUUGUUUAUGC